AUGACCGAUGUGUUGAACUCAUGGCUGCGUACAAGAUUAGGUAUAAUGAUCGAUCUCACGCCGGAGACGUUUGGUCGGUACACGAGAGACGGCACACUACUGGCCCAAAUUCUGCAUAGCUAUGAUAUAAUCAAUUACCAUCAACUAAGCACCAUUGUUUCUACACGAGAUCCUGCCUUGUGCAGAGUGAACCUGAGGUCCUUACGAAUCUGGCUAAAGCUCAUCAAUGUCACGCUGAGCGAGAAGUGCAUUGAGGACAUCUCUAAAGAUAAAGGUGCUACAUCUCUCCAGCUGUUCUAUAAGGUAUAUUUGAGCAUCGAAGGCAAGGACCUAUUGUAUUUUAUUGCUCUUCAGAAAGAGGAAAAGUACAAAAUAUAUACUAGAUUCAAAGUAUCCAAAGUAUCUGAAGCUCCAAUUGCUUAUAUACCACCUGAACAUUUUCUAUCAGCACCAUUGAUUGAGGCAGUCGAUACUAUCCUCUGGCACAGAAAUAAGUUUUGUGCGAUCACGAAAGCCUGUAGACGAGAACGAGAGCGAUUUGAAGCCCUCAUGGAAUAUCCAGUGAUAGAGCCGAUUGAAUACUUUGUUCCAGAAGAGUUGCCGGAUAAAAAACAGAAACAGAGCAAAAUACUGGACGAAUUCACUCGCAAACAUCCGGUUUAUAAGACAAAAAAAUACCAAGUCGAGUGUUGUCCUUCGAAAAGAAUCUUGGAUGUGUCCUGUAUCGAAGAUCCCACAGCUGCUGCGGAAUAUAUCGAUUUCUUGAAGAAGCGUAGCAAGAAAACGACUAAGUGUCACGAAUUGAAACUGAAAACACAAACAACGAUGAUGAUAGAGGCUUGGGAACGAUUACUGAAGAAACAGGACAGAGCUUUUGACGAAGCUCUCGGAAAACAAGUGCUGGAUCAGUCGCGUUAUGAGAAACAGAUGUUGAGGAAACUGUGUGAUGUGCGAAACUUAAAAAAUAGAAUUAUGGGGUCUCGUAAGAUAGUUGAUAAAAUGUUGGUGAAGAUUAGAUAUAACGAACUGCAAUUCAAGCAAUAUCAUGAUGAAGAAGCAAUAAAGGUAGAGAGAGAAGAUGUGGAAGUAGAAACCCAUAGAAUGGACGAACUGCAUCAGAGAAUUCGCGAAGAAAAGAUGCGCAGGAUGAAAGAAAAACAUCAAGAUAUCUGUUUAGAAAUUGUGAAUGAUCUCGUGGAUAUCGUGGUGAAACUUGCUGAUUAUCGUCAAGCAAAUGAUAAUUAUAUCCCAAAUCUUGUUUGGAACGAAUUGAGACUGUUAUUUUUGAAGCAUCAACCAAUAUUCGAACAUAUGGAUUACUUUGAUAAUGUCGAAGAAGCAGAAAAGAUAGAAGAAAUAGAAAAUGAAAAAGAAAUGAAAAUGAAUGAAGAUAAAGAGAAGAACGAUGCAAAUGGGAAUAAUCUAGCUUCUCCCUGGGAUCAAUUUGUGCCGAAGAGAGAAAAGGAAGUUGAAGAAGUUUACAGAUUAGGUUGUUUUGUGCUUGGUUACAUCGUUCAUCGCUUAUUGGAGGAUAUCUUAUAUCCUUAUUCUAAAAUAAUGGUUUGUCCAAUGCCUAGAGUCAAGGUCGCAGCUAUUAUUUUGGGUGUGACAAAUGCAACCUUGCACAAACAGUUACAAGAGUUGCUGAAGAAUACCGGAAUUCGUUUGCUGACGAUGGAAGAUGCGAUCAAUCAUUGUCUGGAGAGCUACAAGCGGGAAAUGGUCGGUGUGGAGUACAUCGAUCUCAACAUCAUCUUGACGACGGCGAGAGACAUCAAGAGAUUGGAAGCUAAGAACAAGGAUGAUUCAAAGGAGUAUCACCGAAAGAAGAGUGAACGAUUAAUGAAGUCGACACCGUUUCACCAGAAUCCUCAGGAGAUAGCUGAGGAAAAACAAACACAAACACCUAGAGAGAUACCUUAUGACGACCCAAUUUUAAGCAAGAGCGCAUACAUAGCUAAAAGAAAUCGUGAUUUAAUCGAGGAAUGGCGAUACGCCGAUUUGUUCGAGAUCAAUCGUAUAAAUCAGAGACUGGAUGUGCUGAAUGCAGCUGCUCAAUCAGACGUGACUUUUCUUCUAGAUACUAUGAGACAGAUCUUUCAUGACAUUUAUCAUCAUAUCAUCAAAAGAUACAAAUGUGAAAUCGAAAGUAUCGACGAAAUGGCGAAUGUUUUUUGCUUUGCCAUCGAAGAAGAAAGACCAAUUCAGCAAGAACUACUAUUAGACGGCGAUCAAUUUAUCGUGAGAUCAAGCAUCGUAAGUGAAGAUGAGGAACAAUUCAAUGUUCCGAUCAGAGAAGCGCCUUCACCUCUACGAUUCCGAAUGGUUCAACUUGGUCGGUUGGUAGACAUUUUCCAACGAAUCGCUCCGCAUGGAAUCGUCAGUGAACGCGUCCUAGUUUACAUUCUCCAGGAUUUGGUAUCCUGCGGUGAAGAGGAUUGUUAUCCGCCCUUCGUGCCAUGCGCCUGGCAACAAUUGCGACCUCCGGAUAUCGAAAUAUUGGUCGAACAAUUGUUCGGUUCUACCGAAUAUAUCGAAUGGCGAGAAUUUGUCCUGUAUGCAAUGGAUCUGCCUGUACCAUCGCAUCAGGAUAUUCUGAAAGCACGAGCAGCCUUCGAGAUGCAUGAUUCUGAAUUGAAAGAGGUGGUCACAUGCGAACAAUUCCAUUCGAUACCCUUGUGGUUUCUCGAAAUUUCCACCAAUAGUUUCUUGGAUGAAAAAUUUGAGCACAGUAAUUUCGAUACAUUAGAGAAUGUAAUGUUGCGCGAGGAAGCACAAUUAAGCGAGCAUUUUUCGAAUUUGGGAAACGAUUUCAUAGAAAGAAGCGAGGAUGAUUCUAGCGCAAUAUUGAGACUGAUGCUGGCAAAGAAACUUCUCUGCCGCAUGUAUCUGGUAAACCAAGACUCGGUUCAUUAUACCGCCAUGCUAUUAGCUUUCUGCAAGAACGAGGAUCCUAGCGUAGGUCUAGGAAAAGCGUUCUCCCUUGCCAUGGGUGCUAGAGUUUGUACUAAUACAGUGGAAGGUGAGAAAUUCGUCGAAGAACUUGCCAAGCAGAAACGUCACGUUAAGGAGUUGAAAUUGAGCCAAGAUUAUCUUCAAGAAGAGGCUAACGAG